AUGCACGUCGGACGUAAUCCUACGGUUCUCAGCUUGUAUCGUGAUCUCCUGCGUUACUCGAAGACGCUGAAGUACACUGAUCGGGACUAUUUCACUUCGAGAGUUCGCGAAGCUUUCGAGCGUAGCAAACGAGAUUCGCCAGCAACUUCUAUGCACAAUUUUAAUACCAUGGUUUGCGUGCUAGGUAUUGAAGGGUCAGCGAAUAAGAUUGGGGUUGGCAUAAUACGAGACGGUGAAGUGCUAUCUAACCCACGUGCAACUUUCCAUGCACCACCUGGUGAAGGUUUCCGACCGAGCGAAACAGCACAACACCAUCGUCAACAUAUCCUAAAGAUACUCAGCAAAGCUCUCGAUGAGGCCGGUAUCAAGGAACCUGAGAAGGAAAUUGAUGCAAUUGCGUACACCAAAGGGCGCAAGGAUCGGGAGCACCUAUUACAGGUUUGGUGUGGCAUGGUUGCACGCACACUAUCUUUGUCGUGGUCUUUGCCACUGAUUCCCGUCAAUCACUGCAUCGGUCACAUUGAAAUGGGUAGACUCAUAACUGGUGCAGAUAAUCCUGUGGUACUGUCAUCUCUUAUUCGCAUAAACAGAUAUCGUGUGUUUGGAGAGACCAUAGAUAUUGCUGUUGGUAACUGUCUUGACCGGUUUGCUCGAGUCGUUAAACUUCCGAACGAUCCCAGCCCAGGGUAUAAUAUAGAACAAGCAGCCAAGAAAGGAAAGAAACUCCUGGAUUUGCCGUAUACAGUGAAAGGAAUGGACGUUUCAUUUUCUGGUAUACUUUCCACGAUCGAGAGCAAAGCGCCACAGGUUUUAGCAUCAGGAGAGUUCACCGUCGAAGAUCUCUGCUUUUCUCUGCAAGAGACGGUGUUCGCAAUGCUGGUGGAAAUAACGGAAAGAGCAAUGGCGCAUACAGGAAGCAGAGAGCUGCUCAUUGUUGGAGGAGUUGGAUGCAAGCAAGAGACUGCAGUACCUCAGGAAAUGGCGAGUUCUAUGUGCGCUGAGCGUGGUGCCCACCUCUUCGCCACAGACGAACGUUUCUGCAUUGACAACGGGGCGAUGAUAGCGCAAGCUGGGUGCCUUAUGCAUGAGGCAGGGCUCAAAUGCGAGCUGGAAAAAUCCACGAUCACUCAACGUUAUCGUACUGAUGAUGUCAACGUUUGUUGGAGAGACAAAUAA